AUGGGAGGAGCUCAAUGUGAGAGGCAUUUAUUUACUGCUGCCCUUGCGUCCGCCGCAAGGCGUACUUGGGGAGUGAUUUUAGCGCUUAAGUUAGCACGAUUAUGUCUGGCAGGUUGGCCUAGCAGAGCGACAUGGCUGAAAUUGCUCCAGUCAACGCCGAUUUGACUUUAAACGUUACCCACACGUUAUGGGAAGACGUCCCCCCCGCCGCGCCCCCGGUCUGUGCGAGCAACGAGGACUAUUUGUUUGUAGAGACGAGGCACCCCGACACGGUGUUACAGGGCCUGAAUGGCCUGCGGCUCAACAACGCCUUCUGUGAUGUGACCCUGUGCUGCGGCGGACAGGAGUUUCCCUGCCACCGCAUCGUGCUGGCCUCCUUCAGCUCCUACUUCCAGGCAAUGUUUUCCACAGACUUGAUAGAGUCCAGACAGGAGCGGGUUGCCAUCAACGGAGUCGAGCCUCAGAUGAUUGGCAUGCUGGUGAGCUAUGCCUACACGUCAGAGGUCUUCAUCUCCAAAGCAAAUGUGCAGGCCCUGCUGGCAGCGGCUAACCUGCUGGACAUCAUGGCCGUUCGAGAGGCCUGUUGUAAUUUUAUGGAGCGACAGAUGGAUGAAAUGAAUUGUGUGGGGAUUCACUGCUUUGCCGAGGCCCACUCCUGUAAGAUGCUGGAGAAACGCAGCAUGGACUACAUCCUCGAGCACUUCAGCAGUGUUUACCAGCAGGAGGAGUUCCUGUCUCUCUGUGUGGACAAACUGACUGAGAUCCUAGCGAGUGACCAUCUCAACGUGCCCAAAGAGGAGAUGGUGUUCGAAGCAGCCAUGCUAUGGCUGAACAAAUGCCCUUCCCGUAAACAGAGCUUUGAAAAGGUCCUAGAGCAUAUCCGUCUGCCUCUCGUCAGCCCCUACUACCUCCACGAUGUGAUUGAGUCUCUGGACGUGGUGAAGGAGCACCAGGGCUGCCAGAGGCUCAUUUCCGAGGCCAAGGACUACCUCCUGCUGAAGGACCGCCGUGGAGAGCUCUACUGCCCCCGGGCACGGCCACGCAGGUCCACAGGGACAGCUGAAGUGAUCGUGACAGUGGGCGGGGAGGACGACAAGGUGGUGCUGCGCAGCGUUGAGAGCUUUGAUCCCAUCACAAACCAGUGGAAGAAUCUGGCUGUCCUGCCCUUCGCCAUUAGCAAACACGGUCUGGUCGUUUCAGGCUCUAUUCUGUAUUUGGCCGGGGGAGAGUUUCCUGACGGCUCUGCCAGCAGGGAGAUGUGGCGCUACGACCCCUCCUUCGACUCCUGGUUAGAGAUGGCUCCCAUGAAUGUAGCUCGUUCUGAAUUAGGCUUGGUGAUGCUGGAUGGCUACGUGUUUGCAGUGGGCGGAUGGGAGGGCCGCUCUCGCCUGGACUCGGUGGAGUGCUACGACCCUCACACCAACUCCUGGCAUUUCAUGGAGUCUGUCAAGAUGGCCGUCACCAGCCCUGCCGUGGUGGCGCUGGACGGACUGCUUUAUGUUACGGGUGGAGCAGUGCUGGAGGAUGGCGAUGGCACAGACCUCGCCCAGGUGUACCACCCUAAAACCUCUCGAUGGACUGAGGUGGCCCCUAUGCAGAUCGCUCGCUCUGGCUCAGCUGCCUGCACACUAAAAGGAAAGAUCUAUGUUAUAGGCGGCUGGCAUGCCUCAACAGAGAAUACAGAUAAGGUGGAGUGUUACAACCCCAAGACCAACCAGUGGACUAUGUGUGCGCCCAUGAAAGAGCGGCGCUACCGGCCUGGUGUCGCUGUGGUGGAUGGAAAGAUCUAUGUAUUGGGAGGAGAGGAGGGCUGGGACAGGUAUCAUGACACCAUUGAGCGGUACUGCGAUGAGACGGACACGUGGGAGAUCGUGGGGGAGAUGCCCACCAGCCGCAGCUGGCUCAGCUGUGUGUCUCUCCAGCUGAGGAAAGACGCCCCCGUGAGCAGCUGCCCCGGGACGCCCACUGAUACCAUCAUAUUGAACUGAGGGGGAAACAAGGAGAGAAAGCUCCAGGUCGCCACCUUCCCACAAGGUCAGUGUGCAUCUGUGCCAGUGCCGUGAGGUUGUGUGCACCCGCCUCGGGGACCGCAGCCCGAAACGCCUCGUGCUUCGGGGCCAACAGAGCAGCCAGCAGAGCAGGGGUGCCUGUCUGCGUUUGGUGCAACACUGUUUUGAGCUGUUACCAGUGGCAAAGGUAGUCGUUUUUAAUCUGUGACACUUUGUGGAGUCUCACAUACUCUGGUCCCUCUUAUUGCCGUGACGACGGGGGGCGGGGGGGAGUGUGUCAGCCCACAUGAAUCCAUAGUAACUGUGAUUAUCAGUAACAGUUCUCGCUCAUUCUGUUUGUACGAUGUGAAUGUUCAGGGUAGAUGUAUUAUGGAUGUCCAAGAACUUCAGAUCUGUGAUCUACAAUUUUCCCAGCGAACAUAGUGUAUUUUUGUAUCACUCUUAUGUUACAUAUUUAUUUGGGAUUUGUUUAGCUGUGACGAUGACCUUUUUAUAAGUUUAACAAAGACAGUAAAUAUUUUGUUCCAUCAAAAGAUGCUCCAUGGGCCAAAGAACUUUAUUGUGAAUUAAUAUUUUUGAAGGUUACUCCUAGUGGCAAAAGCUAACUAUAUGUGAGUAGUGUUUUAUAAUUUAAAAAAUUCUCAACAGUGUCCUUACCACUUGUUACAUGAUGGAUUGUAAUAAAGAUGUUUUAAUUCCUA